AUGGAUAUAGAGAAGAGGAUUUCCUCAGUAGCUGCAACAGCCAGAAGAUGGUUAGAAGACUUCAGAUAUAUAGCGUCCAUAGCUCUGAAUUUUCUAGAAUGUUUUUUCUAUGCCCUUGCUGGAAUUAUUUGCUUAACAUACUCUGAAGACCCUCUGAAAAAUAUAUAUUGUAAGUACGUUUCAUGCAUUCUAAUUGCACUGGGUAUAAUAGAUGGGCUUCAGAAGGUUCCCACCACAUACCUAGUGAAGAAUAGUAAGGCUAAGGAAGGGACCUACAAAGAAAAAACAAUCAGAUAUCUGAAGGGAUUGCGUAAAUUCUUUAUCAAAAACAAAUUGAGUGCAGUUAUAGAUUUUUUUGGGGCUUUAUUGAUGAUUUUUGCAAUAUCUGUGAUGAUUAUUUCAAUGUGUAAGGUUGGAGGACGUGUUAUCAAUAGUAUAAAUGCUACUCCCAAUGAAAAUGGAGGCCGUGGCCUUGUUACGAGUGUGGUGUUUAGUUCUUCGGGGCUCUAUAGUCUCCUAUCUCUCUUGUAUUCUCUCUACAAUCUUGUAAUGCAAGGAUACCAGUAUAUAUCUGGCUUCAGAGCCCGUGGUGUGUAUUCGAACACUGCAGGGAUUGUCAUCAGAUUUGAAAAUGAUGAGGAAGAGCAUCAUGGAGUGGACAAGGAGCCGUUUUCUAGUAUGCCUAUGAUUACACUUACAGAAGUAAUUUUUAUGUUAAUCUUUAUUAUUUGGGGAACUCUGAAAGGAGGAUUUGGUUAUGUGAAGCAAGCAUUUGCACUUAGCUUUAUUGUACAAAAGAUAGUUACUGCUACACUACAGUAUAUGGCUCCCUUUUUCCGGCAUUCUGGGAGCAAAAACGUAAUAUUGUUGCCUAUUAUUUUUAUAUCUCUCCUAUCUCUUUGUGCAUAUGUCAAUGGACUUGGAGCGAAUAUAAAAGGAUUCCAGAAUUUACAAAAUGGACAACUCGUGGGCAGAGGUUAA